ACCAAAUCCCCGCUCGCGCACGAAAUCCAUUUACGCUCCAGUAGUAGAGAGGGCCCAGUUGCUGCGCCCCGUCAGUCACACAGUCCGCACGAUUAAAGCCUCAGACGGCCGUUAAAGAGCAGCUGAAAGCGGCGGCGGGGCCUAGUGACACUCCCUGACAGUCUCGGAGCGGUUUGGAGAGGAAGAAUGGCGGAUACAAGCAGCACUGCGGCGGUCGCGGCCGAAGCCUCCGACAGCGCUGCUGUCGCUGCUGCUGCGCCUGUUGCGCCCGAUGCACCGCCCGUAGCUCCGGUGCCCAGGACUCCAGCCGAGUCCGUGAAAGGACAGAUUUUUGACGUGGGCCCCCGCUAUACGAACCUGUCGUACAUCGGGGAGGGUGCUUACGGAAUGGUGUGCUCUGCUCUGGACAACUUGACAAACCAGCGCGUAGCCAUCAAGAAAAUCAGCCCAUUCGAGCACCAGACGUACUGCCAGCGCACGCUGAGGGAAAUCAAGAUCCUGCUGCGUUUCCACCAUGAGAACAUCAUCGGCAUCAACGACAUCAUCAGGGCACAGCAGCUCGACAACAUGAGGGAUGUCUACAUUGUGCAGACCCUGAUGGAGACCGACCUGUACAAGCUACUGAAGAGCCAAAGGCUAAGCAACGACCACGUCUGCUACUUCCUCUACCAGAUCCUGCGAGGCCUCAAGUACAUUCACUCCGCCAACGUGCUGCACCGGGAUCUCAAGCCCUCCAACCUGCUCAUCAACACCACCUGCGACCUCAAGAUCUGUGACUUUGGCCUGGCGCGGAUAGCCGACCCAGAGCACGACCACACUGGUUUUUUGACUGAGUAUGUGGCUACUCGUUGGUACAGGGCUCCAGAAAUCAUGCUCAACUCCAAGGGCUACUCAAAGUCCAUUGACAUCUGGUCGGUGGGCUGCAUCCUGGCUGAGAUGUUGUCCAACAAACCCAUCUUCCCUGGGAAACACUACUUGGACCAACUCAACCACAUACUGGGCAUUCUUGGCUCUCCAUCUCAAGAAGAUCUGAACUGCAUCAUUAACUUGAAGGCGAGGAACUACUUGCAGUCCCUGCCUGAAAAACCCAAGAUCCCGUGGGAAAAGCUGUUCUACAAGGCAGACCCUAAAGCUCUCGAUCUGCUGGGCCGCAUGUUGACCUUUAACCCCAUCAAGCGCAUCACCGUCGAGGAGGCCCUGGCUCACCCUUACCUGGAGCAGUACUACGAUCCUUCAGAUGAGCCUGUCGCAGAGGAGCCCUUCACUUUCACCAUGGAACUGGACGACCUUCCCAAAGAGAGGCUGAAGGAGCUGAUCUUUGAGGAAACGGCCCGUUUCCAGGACAACUACCAGCCGCCGGUUCGCUCUUGAGACACAGUCCUGAGGAGUGACAAAGAAGCGCAGAGGCUCGGAACAACUUGCUAAAAAUAAAAGAAAAACGCAUCAUCAAGAAACCAACAAAAAGAUAAAACCAAGAAAUACAAGCAUUAAAUUGCUAAUCUUUCCAUUUCUACUGCAAAGAGAGAGCUAAGUUUAAAUUUGAUUUCUGUGCUUGGGUGGGAUGGUAGGGUCUGUCGUACUGUUUUAGUUCUUUUUUUCUUUCUUUCUCCAUUUUUAUGCCUCAUCUACAGCAACACGCUGUCCCUUUCCUCCUCAUCAAACCUUUUCUUUCAUGUCACUAACCUGUCUGAGCUUCUCCUGUUUCUCCUCUUUGUGUAGCCUCCUCUCAUGUAUACACACGUACUACUGUAUUAACCAACACCAUAACUUUCUUGUCAUGAUCCAUGUAAAUUACGACCUUGUAAAACUGAGGGCUAAAAGAACGGGGUAUGUUAAAUCGGGUGUGUAUGUACAUACAAAAAAAACUUGUUUUUUCUUUUCUUUUUUUAAUUGUGCUUGUUGCAGUUUUUGUUUGUACAACAUUGUUUAAGGGUUGUUGUUGUUUUGUUUUUUUUUUCUGAACACUUGAUUUUGAAACAAACCGAUGUUUUUACUGGCAUGUUGGCAGGAUUUCAUUUGUUAUCGGUCUUUUUCUUAUAAAAGUGUAUGAUGUUCAUAUGAAUGCAUGCAUUCCUGAAAACUUACCAAAGUGGCCGAGACAUGCAAGGGACUUGGCUGGCGAGCAACAUGGGAAUAAUAAAAGAGCAGGCAGACUUUUCCCUCCUUCUUAUAUGUGGACAGUCGGUUGUAUCCAGGAGGCCGUGCAUGACUUGGGCUAAAAGCAUAAAAAUAGUUUCUCUUAUUAUGUGUUUGUGCAGUCAUAGCGUUCAUACUAACGCCCAUGGUGCUUUGUGCUGGGUCAAAAACGCCCAAAUUAUCGCCACUCUAGGAGAACUGCACGUAAACCAUCAGCCUAACUGAGUUGAAACGUUUUCCUUUAUUAAAUGUAAAACGGUGGGGUCGCUGAACACGCUCUGUCUUAUUUUCUGUAACCAUUUUGGUGAACAUGCAUCCUAGAAAAUGGGGUCUGGUUUUGUUUGACCCGGGGUGCCUGUCAUUGAGGCCUAACUGCGAGCGAAGACUCAAAUCUAGCCACCCGUUAAUACAGAGUGGGAUCUCCUCACCUUAAGCCACCGGGGAGACGAGAGCAAGCUCAUUAAAAUUCCUACUAGGAAACUAGUAAAACCUGCUUUUGGUUAAUGUGAGAGCUGAUUGCACGUGGCAAUGACUACCUGUUUUUGGGUUUCUGUUUUUUACGACUCCUGUUGAAACCAAUUGUCGGCUCAGCGCACAGCCAAGCACCCAUCAUCGCUCUAUGGUUGUGCUGUAUAUAUUAUAUUUCCAGUUACUCCUUACUGGGUUGUUUUUUGUGUGUGUUUUUUGGGGGGGGCUGUGUGUAAUUUUCCCAGCUUCCUUUUCUGGUUUCUCCAGAGUGUUUUCCCUUAGCUAUGUCCUUGCAUCUGUUUGGUGUCUGCUCCCUCCUGUCUUUGCUCUGGAUGUGACUGUAUUAACCGUUGUUUGGUAGAUCACAUACCUGAGAACAGUAUAGGAUGUCCCUCCCCCUCCAGAAACAGACCAACCCAUGCACUGGGUCAUCCCUCUCAUGCAGAGCAGUGAUGCUAACAGAUGCACCUGCGCCUCGUGUUUUGUGCUUUGUUUUUUUUUUUUGUUGUUUUUUUGCAGCAAACAUCAGAUUUGUGUCGCUCUCUGAAGCCAUAGCCAGCACUCUGGGAUCAGUGUGAGGCUUUUUGGUGCAUGUGGUAAUGCUCAUUCUGGUUGUUCAGCCACCCGACUCUCACCGUGCUUUUCUCAAAGGGCUGCCUUCCACUCCUUGCUUUUUUUUUUUUUUUUUUUUUUGUAAAUGUACCCGCCUCUUUUCUGCUUACCCACAGCUGAAUUGGUGAACACUGCGCGCCACCGCUGCCGCUUUCCGCCUCCCUUCUCUGGUAGCCAUGUGUCCGUCUCACCCACAUCAUGGACGAGGGAGAAACUCGCUCCAAUCACGCGACUCAAUCAGCACGUCUGCACUUUGUCUCUCCAGCCUUGCCCCCGUUUUGUUUUCCCUUCCCCGCCCUGUCUAGCAUCCUGCUUGUUGAGCUUUAAGUUUAAAGUGUUGCGUGUUUUCAGACUCAUGGAUGGUCUGCGGUGAUUUGUCUAUGUACAAGUGUUUGUGUAUCUGCUCAUCAGUAACGUAAAGCCAAGACUCCUCUCGUCAUGUGCGUGUGUGAGAGAUGGAACUUGUUUCUUUGCCGCCUGGGCCGUCUCCCUGCAGUUACCUGUAGUUUCAGAUCUUUGAGAUGACUGUCAUGCAGAUGUUUUGUUUCAUAUGUACAUUUGGGCUGCCCCUCUUAUUUUAUUUUGUUUUUUGGUUUUGUUGUUGUUGCUUUGUUUUUCUUUUUUUUGUGGUUCAGCCAUCAAAUCAAACAUCUCACUGGUUAAUCAUGAGAACAACCCAAGAGGUCCAUGUUUUGCUAUCCUCCUGACACACACAGACACUCCCCCUCACUAUCUAUCUUAGGGGGUGUAUCUGUGUGUUUAUGAAAAGUUGCACUUAAACACACCAUCUACAUUCACACAAGUUUAAAGGCCCAUCUGUCACAGGGCCUGUUUCCAGAUAUUGAUUUUAAAUGGGUCGUCUUAUUAUUGCUAUUGUUGUUAUAUUGGUGAGAUAUUGUUUGGGGUAGGUUUUUUUUGUUUUGUUUUGUUUUGUUCUUUUUAACAUAAAAGGGAGUUAUAGUUGGGUGUUGUUGUUUGUUUUGUUUUUUUGGAGGGUUUUUUUUCUUUUGUUUGUUUUUUUUUGUUUGUUUUUUGUUUUUUAAUUAGUAUGUUUUUAAUUUGUAUUUUUCUUAUUUCUUUUAUGGGCGUGAUUAUUAUUGACAGUGUUUUCAGUCAGGAAACUUGGUUUGUUUUGUUUGUGGUUUUUUUUUGGUUUUUUUUCCCUUACAAGAUCUUAUAAGGAAUUAUUUUAAAAGAACAUAUAAGUAGACUGUCAAAGAGAUAUGAGUUGUUGAGGGUUAUAGUCUGUAUAUUCUAUGGGUAUUAUGAAUUAAACGAUUAACAAAAACACGUUAUAUACAUACAAUUGAAUAAAAUUUCCUGAUACUGUUGAAA